GCAGCGGCGACGUGAUGACGCACGACGUCAGGCGGCAGGCCCGUGUCAUGUGACCGGUUUUGCGAGGAAGCCAGUCCUUUAGAAAAAUCCUGCCGAGAUGAAUCGAACAAUUAUCAACACGGCGUUAGCGCUUUUAAGCCUUUUAUCAGGUGUUUUGGGCGACAGUUUGACUGUUCUGCGCAGCCCGCCAUACGUGACAUUCCAGGAUGGACAAUGGCCCAUAUCAGGAGAAAAGGUCCCGGAUUUAGUUGCCCUGACCAUGGGCUUCUCCAUCCGUGAGGAUCUUGAUUGGCCAGGCCUGGCUGCUGGUUCACUGUUCCAACGCCCGCGUGCAAACGCUCUGAUCGUCGUGCGCGGCUUGGACACCCUCGACUUUCAGAAAAACAUUUCCUCCUACCCUCUCGAAAAUCCGGUUCCGUUCACUCUGGAUAGUGUGGCAAAUACAGUGCACACUCUGUUUGCCGACAGCACCCCUGUGGUCUUGCAGCUCGCCCCCAGUGAAGAGAGGCUGUAUAUGAUGGGAAUGGCCAACACUGUUUUUGAGGACCUGCCCGUGACUCUGCAACAGAUCCGUGGACGUCUGUCCCAGGACGGAUCUGUGCUCACGUCCCUUCCUCUCAUCUCUCUCAGCCGUAAUAACGAGGCUGAUCUUCUGUUCCUGUCUGAGGUUCAGGUGCUGUAUGACAUCUCAGCUCUGUUGCAGAAACACAAGCAUCUGGCUAAAGACCCGGCUCCUGACCUGUACUCUCUAGAGCUCGCGGGGUUGGAGGAGAUCGUUCGUCGUUAUGGCACAGACUCUCCUCAGUACGCCGACGCUACCAGGAUCCUGACGUCUGCUCUGCAGAAGUUCGCAGACGAUGUCGCCAAUGUCUAUGCAAACAACGCGGUUGUAGAAGUGGUGACGGUGAAGACGUUUGAAGCCCCUCUGACCAGGAAGUCACGCUCCAUCCUUCAGAUCAGUAACCAAGGCAGCCUCUACAACCUGGCCUACAAGUACGACUAUGAUUACGCCGUGAUCUUUAACAUUGUCCUGUGGCUGAUGAUCGUGUUAGCUUUAGCCGUCAUUGUGAUCUCGUACAACCUCUGGAACAUGGAUCCCGGAUAUGACAGCAUCAUCUACAGGAUGACCAAUCAGAAGAUCCGAAUGGACUGAUGACGUCCACCGCAGCCCAUUCCACUUUGUGUUUUGUAUUUGAGUGCAUUUGAAUGUGUUUUAUUUUUGAUGUGUGCACCACAGAAUUGCUUGUAUAAAUGCUUUGCCUUUAUGACGCAAUCAAACACAGAUUUAAAGAUUAUUUAUUGAUGCCUGUUGAUAGAUGGAGAAAUAAAAUUGUAUGUGACGUUUAAUUGCUGUAUCUUGUAGAUUUGCAUAAUGUGAGUCUACCGAAGAGGAAAAUCUGAUGUUAGGAUGUAAAGAAUUGAAAUUUAACUCUAUUUAUUGUUUGUCGUUUACGUCAUCGUGCUGUUUUCCUUCCUGAAAACUGGAUAUGGUGUAAUUGCUCCAUUCCCAUGUACAUUUGUUUAAUUAAAUAAAUGUCAUUAUCAUUGAAAAAAAAAAAACUAUAUAGUAGAAAAUGAGAUGUUUUAAGUGUGACUGUUUGACAAGGCCGUGACCAUUUAUUAAGCAUUGUGGAAACAAUUUUUGAUAAAGUCGAUGUAAAAAUAGAAGGAAAUAGAUCUAGCUAGUUGGGAGGUAAUAAUUUGAAUUAUUUGCAAAUAACAUUUUAAAAUAUGCACACAAUUACUUAUUUAUAUGCCUAAUAUGGCGAAAACGCGAACGUUCUUCACGUUCAGUAACUUAAAUGAUACCAAAACGGUCAUAUUUGAGAAAAAAGUUUGCAUUGCUGGAUAUUACUAGCGGUCGUGUAACAUUUAUAUGAUAAACAGUUGUCAAGUAUUAAAUAUUUUGCUACUUCCAUCUUACCUUGCUGUCUUUCACCGUUAAUAACUGCCGCGCUGGAAUUCGCGCUCUGCUUCUGUGAAGAGUAAACCCCGCCUACUUUGAUUUGAUUGGCCAAGAGUCAUAUCAAUCAUUUUGACGAGUGCGGUUAGACGCCAAGCAGAAAAAAAAAAAAAAAACGGCUUAAAAUGUAACUAAAAGUUAUAAUGGAUAUAAAUAUGUAACAUCCUAACAGACUUGUUUUCCUCAGUGUCUAUAGUGGUUACGGUCCUGGUUGUGUAUAGAUGUUAUUAAUUCCUAUGAAACAUUGUGUUAUCAUACAAAAUGUACAAAUGUAACCCAAAUAAAAAAAACUCCAUCCAUCUCUUAA